AUGCCUUGUCCCGGUAAAACUUUUACAAGUAGCAUAACAUGGUAUUCACCUAAAUUUAUAAACCCGGAAGAAUUAUCAUUUUGUGAAGAAUGUUAUAAUCAAUUUAUCAGAAAUACACCUUUAAAUAUGUAUAUGCGAAAUGAUGGAACCUUUAUUGGUGUUUGUGACUUUUCAGUAAAGAUACAAGAGCAAUGGUUGACAGCUGUGAGUGGAAAUGACAUAAAUAUAUUUAGGAAAUAUGUUGAACCAAAAGUAGUACAUGUUCGGACGAUACGAUCAGAAUAUGCCAAUUUACAAUCCCAUCAUUCUUUAGAAACACAACGAAAAGGCGUAUUAGUAUAUUCACAACUUAAGAAUCGUGGGCAGGGUGCUGCUUUAGAGCUGAUAGAUAAUAGAUCACAAAGAUAUUUCUUUAAUAACCGAACUUAUUCCAAUUCCGGUGCUGCCCAUGCGGCUCAAUUACAAAUCCAAGUAGAUGAAUGUUCAAGAAAAAUUAAUAAUCAUUUGGUAGACAUGGGUCGAUUAGAAAAUAAACGCGCCAACUACUGGCAUGCAUAA